AAGAAUCGUGCUAUCAUGAGCUUCCAGCUAGUAAAGACCAUGUACUUCUAUCUAUCUGAUCACUCCAAAAUAAUGAUCAUAUCUGUCCGAGGCCAACUCCCUCUUUCUACAGCUUGUGGCUAACAUUCAACAACAUUGUGUGUGUAUGGCAGGCCCGAGUAUGACGCUGUGGUUGGGUACCGAUCGGAGAACACGCUGCCACUUACCCUAUUGGGAUACUUACGAGCCUCCAAGCCUGAGAUUAAACAUGCACAAGUACUCAUUCAUGAUUCACUUGCAAUAUCCAUUUUAAUUCACAUCCUCUUCAAAUCUCCCAUACUAGAGGAGCGCUGUCGACGUGGUGCAAGCGAGGGCGGACCCAGGCACGGAAAUUGGAUUACGAUACCAUGGAUGGUCUCUUCCUCCACUGAAAAACAAUUUUGAACCAACACAACCUCUCCGUCGAACUUCUCCCUCCCUCCCUCCUUCCCACCCACCCCCACGCUCUAGUAUAAAGGAGCUCGGCUGGUCGAAGAUGGAAGAACAGGUAGCAAAUGCCAUUGAGAUCGCCUGGAAUCCGUCCUCCGACCACGCCCUAAAGUCACAAGCCUUUGACUACCUCAACCAACUCCGCUCCGAUCCCUCCGGAUGGCCGGUCUGCCUCAGCCUCUUCACCAAGUCCCCCCCACAGCCCGAAAUCGUGCGACAUGCGAGCUUGGAAAUUGUCAAUAGUGCCGCCCAAACGGGUCUCAUCGAUCUAGCCUCCCUGGUCGUCGUACGAGAUGGAUUGAUGAACUACCUCCGGAAUGUCUAUGGCCCCGACGGCACCGCCGCGCCCGAUGCACCUUACAUUCAGAACAAAAUUGCACAGACUAUCACCUUUCUCUUUUCCGCACUGUACGCCAAUGGCUGGGAGAGCUGUUUCGACGACCUUCUCAGUCUCACCUAUAAGAGCUCCGCGAGCUCAACCCGCGACAACGCCCUCGGAAUCGUCUUUUACUUGCGUGUGGUGAACUCGAUCCAUGAGGAAAUCGGCGACGUAUUGGUGUCGAGAUCGCGUGGAGAGCAGGACAAGGCGAACAGUCUGAAAGACUUGAUCCGAGAACGGGACAUGCAGAAGAUUGCCAGCUCAUGGCAGGAGAUUUUGUCGGCAUGGCGGGACGCCGACGACACAGUGGUCGAGAUGUGCUUAAAGGCCGUGGGCAGCUGGGUCAGCUGGAUUGACAUUGGAUUGGUCGUGAACCAGACAAUGUUGGACCUUUUGUUCCAGCAGCUGGGUCGGGCUGAGAAGCAAGAAUUGCGCGAAGGCGAGCAGCGGGUCCGGGAUGCUGCCGUGGAUGUCUUCACCGAGAUCAUUGCCAAGAAGAUGAAGCCUGCCGACAAGAUCGAAAUGAUCAUCUUCCUCAACCUCGACUCGAUCGUCACCCAGCUCUCGAACAGCCCCCCGUUGCGCGAGAACCGUUUCACCUUCAAGUACGAUACCGAUCUGGCCGAGACUGUCGCUAAGCUUGUGAAUAUUACUGUGAUGGAUAUUGUGCGGGUACUCGAGACCGACUCGGGUGCUGUGAAAGACAAGGCGAACGAUCUUCUCCAGGUUUUCCUGCCUCACAUCUUGCGAUUCUUCUCCGAUGAAUACGACGAAGUCUGCUCGACGGUGAUUCCCUGUGUCAACGACAUGCUCACCUACAUUCGAAAGGUUUCCAAGGCCGACCCUUCCUUGGAAGCUCAGAACAAGGCCAUUCUCCUCCCAAUCUUGAAAGCGAUCGUCGCGAAGAUGCGGUACGAUGAAACGUCCAACUGGGGCGAUGAGGAUGAGCAGACCGACGAGGCAGAAUUCCAGGAGUUGCGGAAGCGACUGGGUGUUUUGCAGCAAAUUGCCGCCUCUGCAGACGAGCAGCUAUACAUCGAUGCCAUUUCGGAAGUGGUGGGAACGACAUUCGAGAAUUUGCGUGCCUCUGGCGGCCAGAUUGAUUGGCGCGACCUUGAUCUGGCUCUGCAUGAGAUGUUCCUUUUCGGCGAUCUCGCUGUCAAGGCCGGUGGUCUGUACGCAAAGGGCGCACCCACUGGCCCUGCUGCCAUGCGCCUCAUCGAGAUGAUGCUCGGAAUGGUCGAGUCUGAUAUCCGAUCAUUCACCCACCCUGCCACACAACUCCAAUACAUGGAAAUCUGCGUUCGUUACAGCUCGUUCUUCCAGCACCAUGCGCAACUCAUCCCCGGCGUUCUGGAAAGCUUCCUCCAGCUUGUCCAUCACACGAACCGCAAAGUGAAGACUCGCUCAUGGUACCUCUUCCAGCGGUUAGUGAAGCAGCUACGGGGCCUCAUUGGCAAUGUGGCGCAAACCGUUGUCGAGGCAUUGGGUGAUCUCUUGGUCAUCCAAGCCGAGCUUCCGGCUGAAGGCGAGGAUGGCGAUGAGAUGUCGUCCGAGGACCACGAGGGCUCCGCAGAUGCCGUUUUCAACAGCCAACUAUACCUCUUCGAGGCUGUCGGUGUAAUCUGCUCGACCAACAGCGUGCCUGUGGAUAAGCAGGUCCUCUACAUUCAGUCGGUUGUGAAUCCUAUCUUCGCCGAUAUGGAGCGCAAUCUUGCCGCCGCCAAGUCCAACGAUGAACGAGCUAUGCUGCAGAUCCACCAUGAUAUCAUGGCCUUGGGAACUCUUGCUCCCACCACCAACCCUCCCGGCCAUUUGCCCGCGCCAGAGGUCUCCGAGUGUUUCUGCCAGGUGGCAGAGGCGACCUUGGUCUCCCUCGAGUCUCUCAAAACCUCGUUCAAUAUCCGAACUGCCGCUCGUUUUGCCUUCUCUCGGCUGAUUGGCGUUCUGGGUGCCCGCAUCUUGCCCCAGCUCCCUCGCUGGAUCGAUGGGCUCCUGACCCAGACCUCGUCGCGUGAUGAGAUGGCCCUUUUCCUGCGUCUGUUGGACCAGGUCAUCUUCGGAUUCAAGAGCGAAAUCUACAGUAUCCUUGAUACUCUUUUAACUCCAUUCCUGCAGCGCGUCUUUUCAAGCCUUGCGGAUCCCACUACGGGUACUGACGAUGAGAUUCAGCUUGCUGAACUCAAGCGCGAAUACCUGAACUUCCUGCUCGCUGUGCUGAACAAUGACCUUGGAGCUGUGAUAAUUAGCGAGCGAAACCAACCCAUUUUCGAAAGCGUCAUUACCACCAUCGAGCACUUUGCCAAGGACAUUGACGACUUUACGACCGCCAAGAUGGCCUUCUCCGUGCUUUCCAGGAUGGGUAGCGCCUGGGGCGGACCCGAUAUUGCUCCCGGAUCUACCAAUGGCGUCGCAUCCACUCAAACCGCCCUUCCCGGAUUUGGCGGAUUCAUGAUCAGCCGCUUCUCACCCCUGUGCUGGGCCCUCCCUACCACCCCAUCCUUCAACUCUAAAGAUGCCCUUGCCAAGCAAGUUCUUGCCGAGGCGGGUGCACUGCAGCGCACCAUCUACCUCAAGACGAGCAUGGAAUAUGUUGAAUACUUGCGGACUCAGGAGCUGCCCGGCAUGGGCAUGGGCGGUGACCUGAUUGAAGAGUUCUUGACGGCACUCAGCCAGCUGGACAUGAAAGGGUUCCGGCAAUUCUUCCCAUCAUUCAUCCAGCGAUUGAGCGCAUAAUCCCUCUCUCCCCAUCCUCCCCCAUCAUCCACGACCAUCGUCAUUUUUCCUUCUCUCCUGCUUUUUAGAUUCCCCCAUGCCAUACCAUAUUUCUGUUUUGACGAGACCGAGUAACGAGGUGAUGUCUGUCCUCGCGCCGUCCAGAUUCUGACCCGACCCGAGCUGAGGUAUGACGACGGGAAAAGUCCGUCACCAAGGCAGGCUAGGGCAGGCUGUCGAAAUAAAAGCCCCCAUAUUCAUGCCAUCUAUAUCUUCAUCCGUGCCCCUCUCCUCACGGAUACCAUACCAUUCUCAUCCGACAUGUCCCACUAUCAACGAAAAAAAAGAAUAUCAAAAAGAAAUGGAUUGGAAAAGCAAUCAAAUUCAAAAUCUCACCAAAAGUGUACCCUCUCUACUUCUACAACGUCUUCAGUACAUAGCGUGUCCGUUUGCGUUCUAUUCUUCACUCCGUGGCGCAUUCGCAUCGCAUCGCGGGCGUUUUCUUCUCGUCAUAUUCGUCCUUUUCCGAUUCCGUUGAAGAUAAAGCAGAUAUUGAAAGCUAUAAUCUUGGUAGUCGGCUUGAAUGGUUGAGCUAGUUUCAGUGAAUAUGGUUGAAAGGGCUUUUCUCCAAGCUACGGGGACAGAUUAUCUAGGUAGUCGAGUAGCUAGUCGAGUAGACAUUUAGGAUGAAUACUAGAGACAUCAAUUCAUUCAAUUCCUAUUAUCGCAAAGCCAGUUUCUCUCAUAUCUAUCAUCCCCCCCAUUUUCGUGUCAAACACACCACGUCAAAUAACCGACUUGACAACGUGUUGGCGCCCACUUGAAUCAGAAAUCACCAAGAAUCAGAAUCCGUUGCAUAAUGCCAGUCAUGAUCAAAUUGCAAUUCGAGUUUCAAAUUCAGAAUCCACACGUACGAAUGCUGGGCAUAGCAUCCUAUCCCAGGUGUAGUGAUCCCAUCUAUUACCCCCACGAACACGGACCCCCCAGAAAUAACCAUGCCAAAAAAACGGAAAAGGAAACAAGAAAAAGGAGGAGGAGGAGGAGGUCACACACUAUUUGAGAUACUUGGCCGCAUGCUCGAUGUGGUCAUCCGCAAACGUGGCCAUGGUGUAAUAUGAGUGAUCGUAAUCAGGCUGGUAACGAAUGUUGACACCCUUGAGGCCUGCUGCGUCGGCGGCAGCCUGGAAGUUCUCCGGUAGGAGUUGGCCCUGCUUGUAGAAGUUGUCGCCGGUGC